AUGGCCUCCCAGACCAACGCCGAGAAUGGCCGAAUCCGGGCGAUCAAGAUUGUUCGAGCUGCCGGCGCUGACGCACAAGCUGCCAACGUAAAGGGCGAAUCCAGCACCAGACGUCGAAGUCAGAUCGUCGACGAGAUCAGCGCUCUACACAAGCAUCGAAGUGAUCUCAAGUCCCUGAAGGCGAAGCAGGACAACGUCCGCGUUGACGCCGCUGCAGCCGAGUCGGUCCUUCACGCGUUCAACACCGAUCCAGUGGCGCUGCGCUUCCGGGAGUUGAAGCCCGAGAUGUUUCCUCCUCACUUGCAGCAAGACUUGUCCAUGCUGCAGGAGCUGGAUCGCAACAUGCUUUCUUUGUGCGCGCAACACUCCCUUGGACUGCCGACCGAUGGCAAGCUCGAACGCGUCGCUAGUCGCGCGCAGUUCGACACCUUGAACAUGAUCAUGCGUAUCACUUCGCACUCGCCUGAGCUGCAGCUCCACUACUUGAAGAGGAUGAGAGAUGGCAUCAAGGACGACAAUCGCGCUCGCAAGAAGGACUAA